AUGAACAAAAGUGUCUUAGUAAAGCUUGGAGGCUUGAAACUUCUAAAUACUUUAUCGGAAAUGUUGAGCGCUGGCCGCACCAGCGACAUGACCUCCUGCCUGCAGAAUAUUUACAAAUUUAAAGUCCCUCUCCCAGGUACUGAGAUAACAGUGCCGUAUGGAGAUAAUAAGUUCUUUGUAGCUCAGUGUCCAAACCACAUAAAACUGCCAACUAUACCGGAAAAUCGAAACCUAUCUGAGUACUACAAUGCGGUGGAUGCAAACAACAUGAUGAUCAUCUUUGCAUCAAUGCUUUACGAGAGAAGAAUCAUUAUGGUGUCAAAGCGUCUGUCACGGCUGUCAGCAUGUGUUCAGGCAGCCAAUUCAGUCAUAUACCCCAUGCAGUGGCAGCAUAUAUUCAUUCCGGUGUUACCACAGCAUCUCAUCGACUACCUGUUAGCACCCAUGCCCUUCCUCAUUGGUUUUAACACCUCACUUAUGUCGAAAGUACAAAUGGACGAUAUUGGUGAAGCUGUUAUAUUAGAUGCCGACAACAACACUGUCAAGACCCCCUUCAACGACGUGGAAACCCUCCCAGAUGAGGUGGUUUCAAAACUCAAAAGAAACCUCAAGUCGCCAAGCAACAUGCUUGGAGACUGCGUGGCAAGAGCAUUCCUACGUGCACUUGUUCAGCUCAUUGGCAACUACAAGGAGGCGCUCCAGUUCAGAGAAAAAGAUUCAAAAAUAACAUUCAAUAGUGAAAAUUUGUUGCUCCGUCCACCGCAUUUUCAGCCAUUUGUAGAGAAGAUGUUGGAGUUGCAAAUCUUUCAGCAGGUUUGUGGUGUAGUCUUCAGCAUGAGGUGUAUCCUGUAUCUGAAAAUCAUCGAAGAGAGAUUAGACCGUCUCAAUUCCGGCAAGCAGACCUCGGAUGAGUUUGAAUUAGAAGUUAGUGUCAUUGCGAAAAGUCAUUUUUCGAAGGUAAAGCAACAGUAUAAGCAGUUUGUGACCAACGUACGAAAGGAGGGAGGAGCCAUCAUGAAAACUGUCAAGAGCAAGGAGGACUGUAGCUUCUUAGCCAGUAAAUGGGGAAUGAAGGAUCUUUCUAAGAGACGGUAUAGAAAGAGGUUUAAUAGCCCGUUAAGAUUGCUGAAAACUAACACAACCAACCCUGCUGUUAAAUCUGCUGUUAAGAGCGUUGAUAUCACUGAAAUGUCUAUCAACAGUCCCAUAGAUGUUAUAGCUUUAAUUAACCACAUGGAGCUAGGAAAUUCGGAAAUACUGCUAAUUGGAGGCAUAAAUGGUCUUCAUAGAGCAGCCUCUAUUGCCAUGGCAUUUUCACAAUUCAGGCCCAGAUGGGAUUCACCCCAAAAACCCCGGGCUGCUCCCUCAUACCUGUUUAGGAGUGAAGAAAGACCCCAGACAGUUGGGGGGAAGCCCCCACUUUCUGCAAAGGCCCAUAUAAAGGCUUCCAGAUUAAUAUUGAGAAAAACUAUGUUCUACCUGGGGGCUAUGGAGGUUUCGGUGAAAUGGGGAAGCCGUAAUGGAAGGUCCCAUACGGGAAUGAGGGACAGCCAAAUAGAAUCACAGAGAGGCUGGUAUGUCACCGGAUCCGGAAGUCCAGCAGCCUACGAUAGACCCAUGGUUAGAUCAUGCAGAUUCGCUAAAGAUUUCAACUUUAUCACCAUUUAUAAAUGCUGGUUAAAUGAUUUUAAGAUUCACUGUAAGGAUAAUUGCAUGCACCUUUUGGGAACUUUUGGGCUGAUGAAGUGUUUUGAUUUUAUGUGGAAGAACUUCGCCUACAAAGAGGGAUGGUUUUCAUACCUACCAGUUGUGGCUGUGCUUGUGCAUGAAUUGUUCAUCUUUAGUAUUCUGGCCAUAUGUGACAUAUCUGUUGCUGGUAUUCUAGAGGUUGCUUGGUUACCAUCCGUGCCGUUACAUGUUCUCAUACUCAUAGAUAACACAUGCAGUUGGUUAGGAUUUGGUGAACGAUAUUGCCCGCUUGGAGGAUGGCAGAUCAAUUUUGAGAGGAUUGAAGUGCUUCAACUGAGUGCCAGCCUCACCUCUCUCCCUCUCAUUGACCUCUCCUUAGACAUUGAACUUCCUCCUCCCAUUAUGGCAUCUUUUGGAUACCGUUUCCCUGUCUCAUUUGACGAUGACAAUGUUGGUGGUGGGGAUGAAGACGAGGUUGUAGACAGCUCCACUUCAUACUUUCGCUCCCCUAAGCUUCUGCACGAUGAUAGAGACUUCACCACUACAGCCAACCGAGUUGAUGGUGCUGCUUCUUCUGUCUUGGAUACAAAUAGGCGGGGACACUCACAGCUGUCACCACGUUCUCCCUCUCGCCCUUCUAAAGAUGUCUCCAGCGUCUCUGCUGAUGGCCAAGACCUCAUCUUUCUGGAGUCCCCACAGGAUGAGAUUUUCGACCCACUCUUCUCCAAAGACAUCCCCCAAAGGCCCCUGCAGAGCAUCCGACCCAGCCAGCCGCCCCCUCCUGUGCCCGGUGUUGCUAGAUCUACCUCAAGCCUUCCAGGAGUGGCAGUACAAGGUGAAGGUGGAGUUGGGGUUGGCAGUGUCAGUAUGUCUCAUCUUCCUGCACAUCCAUCUCUUGCCCGUUCCUCAGCUAUCAACACAACAGGAUUGCCCAAUGCCACUCCUAAACGCCCUUCAGAAUACCGCCCUCUUGCUUCUUAUCAGGGGUUGGGGCCAGAGUACCGUCCAUUCUCUUCCCUUCAGACUAGUUUGGGUACACCAAUUGGCUGUCAGAACCCUAUGUACAAUCAGCACAAACCACCAAGCGCAAACUCACUCCCAAGUUCCACAAGGGGAGGCAGUGCUGCAGCAGCAUUUGCAUCCAGCAUGUUGUCAGGGAGUACAGACAACCAACCAAUGACAGCUGCUGCGACCAGACCAGGCCAGUAUGUGCAGUUUGAACCCCCUCUGGCUCAACCUAACAAGGCUGCAGUCUCUUCCACCCAGCCCCAGAGACCUCCAAGACUGUCACAGCGGGACUUAUUGGGGGAUUUUUCUAAGGACUUCCAAAAACUUAGUGUAAAUAGUCAGUCCAAAGCUGUGACUCUUGGGAACAAUAAUAAUACAGUAGUGAAUAACAACAAAGUAACAGACUCUAGAGGGGAGAGCAAAAAUGACACUAAUGGGCCUAGUGAAAGUAAAUGGGCAACAUUUGAUUGAUUAAACAAAAAUAUGAAAGAAAGUAAAUAAAUGAAUUCAGUCUUUACAGCAAGUUAACAUUGAAAUAUGUUCAGUGUAAACAAGUAAAGUAUCAUCCCAUUCACUUGUGGUUGUGAUAUCAGGUUUGAGGAAAAGAUAGAAGACAAAGAAGCAGUUGAGUAAAUUGCUUCACCAACUACAAUCAUAUUUUAGCACAAUUUGUUUAAAUUUGUUUGGUAUUUUAAGAAGAGAAUCUAAUAGAAGGAACGCAUGUUUAUUAUAUAGAGGAAGACAUACUUUAAGGAAAUGCAAGUUCUUCAUAUCAUUGUAAGUUUGUUAUUCUCAUUAGGUUUACUAAUCAUGAACUUUAAUUUAAAUAAAGCCAAAGAAUAAGAAAAAAAAAAAA